ACUAGGUCAGGCAGGUCGAGGCAAGUCGCGCAGGUGACCUGACGUCACGUGCAGGCCAACUAAGCCUAAACAGGUGUGGAAAUACUCCGCAUUCCAAUGUCCCUUCAUGUGUGUUUGCUUGUAGUCUGUCUCUGAACCUUGUACAGGACACAUCACUAUGCCAAGCCAGUGCGCAGUAUUCGGCUGUAGCAAUGAAAAAACUAUAGUAGGUGAGAAAAACAUAAGAUACUUCAGAUUUCCAAGAGAUGAGAAAUUAAGAAAAGUGUGGAUAAAUGUGUGUCGGCGAAGUGACAAAAUUAAUUCCAAGAAUGCUGUUGUGUGUUCUGAACAUUUUACAUCAGAAGACUACAUUGAUGAUAUGAAAAGUCGUUUACUUGGUAUUGAAAGUCCUCGGAAUAAACGACUUCUAAAGAAUGAAGCUGUACCAUCACUCCUUCCAAAUGGGACCAGUACAAAAGAGAUUUCCAUCGAGAGGACAGAGAGGGCAAACAAGCGAAACCAGCAUAGAAGUGUAGAAAAGAUGCUGUGUGACAAGAUAAGUAACCCAAGUGGAAGCUCAGAGGUGGACAUUAGUGACGAGGAUGAUACAGCAACACAGUCAUCUGCUGAUGGAGUAAGAAGUGAUACAGGUCUUCAGUUGCAAAGUGAAAGUAGGUCAUUGCCAUCGUGUAAAGACUGCCAGAAAAUCCAUGAAAACUUAUGUAUGAAAAUAGAGACCUUGAAAGAUGAAGUACAGCAAUGGCGUGCUAGAUAUAUGGACUUAAAGAAAAUAAUUCUGCACAAGCUGUUGACAGUGAAGUCAACUCAAAAGUGAGAAACUGCACUGGAACUUUGCUUAACAAGUCUUCUGUUUAAAGAUA